AUGGAUAGAUAUAUGCAAUAUAGAUUGGCUGAACAAGAUGAAGAUUGUGUAGAUUCAUUUACAGAUUUGUUGACAAAUAAUAAUGGUAAAAAGAAUGGUAGAGGUCCAACACAAAUGCGUGACAUUUGGGGUAAUCAUGAUGGUACAAAGAUGCAAAUCACAUGUAAUGAAUUUGGGCAACCACAUGAUAAAAACGCAAGUAAGCUUACAAAUUUUAUUGGGACAUUAGUACGAGAUGGAAAAAAUGCUCCAAUUAACUACAAAAGUUGGCAUAAGGUACCUGACAAAUACAAAGAUAGAAUGUGGAAAAUCAUACAGGAAAAAUUUGAUAUUCCUCCUCUGGCAGAAAAUUGGACUAUGCGGUCUUGUGGUAAGGAACUUAAAAAUUGGAAAGCUUAUCUUAAGAGAACUUAUUAUUCGGAAACUUUAUCUUUUGAGGAGCAAAAAAAAUAUAAGGACAAAAGAAAAAUAAGUGCUACAAACAAAGCUAGUCGUGGUCAAAAGAAAUACAACCAUACAACUGGCACAAAAAGUUUUGCACAAAUUAGAGCAGCGCAGGUACAAUUACAAGAGAAACAAGAGUUGAAUGAAGAUGUAUCAAAGGAAAAGGGUAUGAAUGACACUUUCUCUGAAGUAAUGGGUAAAGAAAAAUACGGAUCAGUCCGUAUGUACGGUUUUGGUGUUUGCCCAUCUGACGUAUGGGAAAACAAAUCCACCAAGAAAGGAAACCAAAAGAAGUAUAUACAAACUCUAGAAGCUGAAUUGAAAGAAUUAAGAUCUCAAGUUCAAGCCAACAAGCAAAAUUACAAUGCAAAUGACACAUCUAUUAUACCUGACAUGGCUCUUAAUUACAAUGACAAUGACACUUCUUCACAACUGGCCAACAAACCUUGUAUGUCACAUAACAAGGAAUCUCGACGUCAGUUGUGGUUUUCAUCUUCAGCAUAUGAUAUUCCAAUUGUUGAGGUUGGUGAAAUGGUUAAUCUUAAGAGUGUUACUGCUGAUCCUGAAACAAUUGCUAUUGGUCUAGUUGUUAGUAAAGAUUCAUCAAAAGAAGUUGGAGGAAAAGAGCUCGGAGAUCAUUAUUCUGAAGUUCUUGUUCAAGUUUGUAUCAACCCCGACGAGGAAUUAAUUAGACCAUAUGGACAAUGCAAGACAAUUGGUGAAGUUGUUGGAGCAUCUAUUGCAUGGCCAACAACAUUUCUGGUUUCACAAAAAUCAGAUAAACAACUUCAUGAUUCAAUGAUGUGA